AUGGCACCAGGUGACAUCGUUCUUUCGAAUGGUACGAAUAGCAUUCUGCGGAGUCCUACCAUCAACCCAGGCACCGUAUGUAUUCAGUUUUCUUACAUCUGCAGACAACCCAACGCCCAUCUGGAGCUACUUGCUCUUAAGAAUUCUACAACAAGGUUAUGGUUUUCAAAAGGGAGGCAACUCCGAACCAGCAGAUGGAGGACCAUUGUAGUAUCGUUUCACGCUAAUAGCCCAUUUCAGGUUGGGUUUGUACCUCAUGGCCAGAUACAGAACAGUAGCCUAGCAAUCGAUGACGUUAUGGUAUGGAGCAUUAGAAGAUAUAAACGACAUGCAGACUCAUCAGCCACAACACCGCUGCCAACUAGGUCAAUGACAAUGUCAACUGCAGCCUCGAAAUUGUUAUCAACAUCACAAACAACACUGACGAAAACAAAAGCUACCUCGAAAACAAAUGUGAAAACAAUCACAACCACACCUACCACAACGUCUACCGUAACUUCAACCACAACGCCAACAACUUCGGCAACCUCGACCGUAACCACAAAACCGACCACAACACCGACCGCAACACCAACCACAACCCCGACUACAAUACCAACCACAACACCUACCACAACCCCGAUCACAACACCUACCACAACCCAAACAACAACACCUACCACAACCACCACAACACCUACAACAACCCCGACCACGACACCAACCAAACCCCCGACCACAACACCAACCAAAGCCCCGACCACAACACCAACCACAACACCAACCACAACCCCGACCACAACACCAACUACAACACCCACCACGACACCAACUACAACACCUACCACAACACCAACCACAACCCCGACUACAAUACCAACCACAACACCUACCACAACCCCGACCACAACACCUACCACAACCCAAACAACAACACCUACCACAACCACCCAACACCUACAACAACUCCACCCGACACCAACACCAACAACACCAACCAAACCGACCACAACAUCAACCACAACACCUACCACAACCCCGACCACAACACCAACUACAACACCCACCACGACACCAACUACAACACCUACCACAACACCAACCACAACACCUACCCCAACCACAACCCCCACCCCAACACCAACCACAACACCGACCACAACACCAACCACAACACCAACCACAACCCCGACCACAACACCAACCACAACACCUACCACAACCCCGACCACAACGCCAACCACAACACCAACCACAAAACCAACCAAAACACCAACCACAACACAAACCACAACACCUACCACAACCCCAACCACAACCCCCACCCCAACACCAACCACAACCCUGACCACAACCCCGACCACAACACCAACAACAACACCUACCACAACACCAACUACAACACCCACCACAACACCAACUACAACACCAACUACAACGCCUACCACAACCCCAACCACAACACCUACCACAACACCUACCACAACACCUACCACAAUCCCGACCACAACGCCAACCACAACACCAACCACAAAACCAACCACAACACCUACCACAACCCCAACCACAACCCCCACCACAACACCAACCACAACCCCGACCACAACACCAACCACAACACCAACCACAACCCCAACCACAACGCCAACCACAACACCUACCACAACCCCGACUACGACACAAACCACAACACUAACCACAACACCAACCACAACACCAACCACAACCCCGACCACAACGCCUACCACAACCCCGACCACAACGCCAACCACAUCACCAACCACAACACCAACCACAACCCCGACCACAACACCAACCACAACACCUACUACAACCCCAACCACAACACCUACAACAACACCUACCACAAAACCAACCACAACACCCACCACUACACCUACCACAACACCUACAACAACACCAACCACAACACCAACCACAACACCCACCACUACUAUUACCACAACACCAACCACAACACCAACCACAACACCUACCACAACACCUACAACAACACCAUCUACAACACCAACCACAACACCUACCACAACAACAACCACAACACCUACAACAACACCAACCACAACACCAACAACAACACCUAAAACAACACCAACCACAACACUAACCACAACACCCACCACUACACCUACCACAACACCAACCACAACACCUACCACAACACAUACAACAACACCUACAACAACACCUACAACAACAUCAGCUACAACACCUACAACAACACCAACCACAACACCUACCACAACACCUACAACAACACCUACAACAACACCAACAACAACACCUACAACAACACAUACAACAACACAAACAACAACACAUACAACAACACAAACAACAACACCAACCACAACACCUACCACAACACAUACCACAACACCAACCACAACACCCACCACUACAUCUACCACAACACCUACCACAACACCAACCACAACACCAACCACAACACCUACCACAACACCUACAACAACACCUACAACAACACCAACCACAACACCUACAACAACACCUACAACAACACCAACCACAACACCAACCACAACACCUACCACAACACCAAUCACAACACCAACCACAACACCUACCACAACACCUACAACAACACCUACAACAACACCUACAACAACACCAACCACAACCCCAACCACAACCACGACCACAACACCAACCACAACACCUACCACAACACUGACCCAAACACCAACCACAACACUUACCACAAAACCAACCACAACACCAACCACAACCCCGACCACAACACCAACCACAACACCUACCACAACACCUACCACAACACCGACCACAACACCAACCACAACACCUACCACAACCCCAACCACAACACCAACAACACCACCAACCACAACCCCGACUGCAACCACGACCACAACACCAACCUCAAUCACAACUCAAACCAUAACACCAACCACAACCCAAGCCACAACCACAACCCAAACCACAACGCCAACCACAACCCCGACCGCAACCACGACUACAACACCAACCACAACACCUACCACAACACCCACCACAACCCCGACCACAACCCCGACCACAACUCUAAACACAUUCCCGACCACAGUACCAACAACUACCAAGACACCAAUGCCGUCGUUAACAACAAACCCGACCAAAACGACUACCACUACAGACACCACCACAACGAUAAUGUUACCAACAACAAGACCUACAACUCUGAAAACAAAACCAUUGACGAAGUCAACCAAAACUAAACCUAAAUCGCCGUCGACAUCUCCAAUUACAAUAGUAACAGCAAGCCCUAAAACAAAGCAAACCAAACUCCCAGUUACAACGUUAUCGAAAUUCCCGACUGCAACACAAACAACAUAUUCAGAAACAAAAUCAGCCACAUCCCCAAUUACGUCGCCGCUGACCUCGACAACAAAUCUGAUGACAACAACUAAACCACCAUCUGUCACCUCUGAUAUCACUCGGACUACAUCUAAGCCAACAUCACUAGUUGCUUCAACUUUGAUUGCUAACAAAACAACAUGUUACGAAGUUGUUGUACCGGUAGAGGAUCGGGCAUUUCAACCUCAAGUGAAGAAACAGGGCGUGUGGUUUGAUCCCUAUAGCAACAGGGCCGGCUUCUGCUUGUUGGGGAACUGA